AGCAGAUCAGGUGUAUUUUAAAUAAUUCUAAUAAAAACAUAAAAAGAAAUGGCUACAGCUAUACCCUAUAAUUAUUCAUAUAUCUUUAAAUAUAUAAUUAUCGGGGAUAUGGGUGUUGGAAAAUCUUGUCUUUUGCAUCAAUUUACAGAGAAAAAAUUUAUGUCAGAUUGUCCUCACACAAUAGGAGUGGAAUUUGGAACGAGAAUCUUGGAGGUUAGUGGUCAAAAAAUAAAACUCCAAAUUUGGGACACAGCUGGUCAGGAAAGAUUUAGGGCAGUGACUAGGAGUUAUUACAGGGGAGCUGCCGGUGCUUUCAUGGUUUACGACAUCACUAGGCGAAGCACAUUUGAACAUUUAACCAAUUGGCUCACCGACGCUAGAAACCUAACAAAUCCUAAUACGGUAAUAUUAUUGAUCGGUAACAAGAGCGAUUUAGCUCAAACCAAUCGUGAAGUCACCUACGAAGAGGCAUCCACUUUCGCCCAACAAAAUUGUCUAUUAUUCCUCGAAACAAGCGCAAAAACUGGUGAAAAUGUUGAAGAAGCGUUUCUAGAGAGCGCUAAAAAGAUUUACGCUAACGUCAGAGACGGAAGUUUGGACCUAAACGCCGCCGAUUCCGGUGUGAGAAGCAAAACUAAUAGACAAAUUGAAACUGAAGAUUUAAGUCGAACGAAUAUUAAUCAAGCAUCUAACAAAUCCAAUUGCGCAUGUUGAUACUCUUAUCAUCAAUUCCAUUUUUUUUUUCUUAAACCUUUUUUUCAGUUCAAAAAUCUUUCUUCCUUAUAAUAUAGCAUAUAUUUUCUCUUACUUUUUUGGCAAAGAGUUUUUGGUAUAUAAGUUGUUUACGAAAUUCUCUAAUUGUUAUAUUCUUAUUUAUAAUUUUAUUUAUACGAUUGGUCUACUUUUAUAACGAAAUACUAAAAAAUAUCAUAUUCAUAUUUGCAAGAUAAAAUACAAAUAUAUCUAAUAAUUUUUUUUUAAAAAAAUACAAGUGUAUUUUAAUUUAUUUAUCGUAUUUAUUUAUAUUAAAAUCC